AGCACUAAGAAAAAAUAACUAACUCUCAACAUCUAUAAAUUCUUGUUCCACAAAUCACACAUUCCCUUUUCUUUUCUUUUCCUUCCAUUUUCUUUUUUCACUCCCAUUUCUUUGGAUUCUAUUCUUUCAUUUUUCUUGAAACUUAGAAAAAAUGGCACAAGAAAAUGCAACUCAUCAUUAUCUAAUGACAUUACUCUUCAUCAUUAUUUUCUUCUUAAGUAUGUCUUCAUGUGGUUAUGGAGUUGGAGUCAACUGGGGAACCAUGGCAACUCACCAACUUCCUCCGAAGAACGUCGUUAAAAUGCUUCAAGAAAAUGGUUUCGAUAAACUCAAACUGUUUGAUGCUGAUGAAUGGGUUAUGGCAGCUUUGUUAGGGACUGAUAUUGAGGUUAUGUUAGCAAUUCCUAAUAAUAUGUUGGAAGAAAUAAGCAAGGAUCCUAAAGUUGCUGAUUCUUGGGUUUAUGAAAAUGUCACCAGUUAUUUGUACCCUGGUGGAUUAAACAUCAAAUACAUUGCAGUUGGCAAUGAACCUUUCCUUAAGGAAUAUAAUGGAACAUAUCUAAUGUACACUCUACCAGCUCUUAAGAACAUACAGACAUCUCUCAACAAUGCAGGACUUGGUUCAAGCAUCAAAGCCACAGUACCAUUCAAUGCUGAUGCAUAUUAUUCACCAGACUCAAAUCUAGUUCCAUCAGCCGGCGAUUUCAGACCAGAAGUCCGUGACUUAACCAUCGAAAUAAUUAAUUACCUAUACACGAACAACGCGCCUUUCACUGUCAACAUCUAUCCCUUCUUAAGUCUAUAUGGAAAUGAUCAUUUCCCUUUCGAUUUCGCGUUUUUCGACGGAAAUAACAAGCCUCUUGUGGAUGGUAAUUUACUUUACACUAAUGUUUUUGAUGCAAAUCUUGAUACACUUUUAUAUGCUUUAGAGAAAGCAGGGUAUCCAGAUAUGCAUGUUAUAAUUGGAGAAGUUGGUUGGCCAACAGAUGGUGAUAAAAAUGCAAAUAUUCAAAAUGCAAAAAGGUUCAACAAUGGUUUACUCAAACAUUGUUUAAGUGGAAAUGGUACACCAAAAAGGAAGGGUAUAAUUGACAUCUAUUUAUUCAGUUUAAUUGAUGAAAAUGCUAAAAGUAUUGCUCCUGGCAACUUUGAGAGACAUUGGGGAAUUUUUGAGUUUGAUGGAAAACCAAAAUAUGAAUUGGAUUUAAAAGGAUUUCAAGGUGAUGAAGGUCUUGUAGCUGUUGAAGGUGUUAAGUAUAUGGAAAAACAGUGGUGUAUUUUGGAUCCUGAUAUUAGUGAUUUGCAUUAUUUGGCUGGUAGUAUUGAUUAUGCAUGUAGCUUAUCAGAUUGUACUGCAUUAGGAUAUGGAUCUUCUUGUAAUGGUUUGAGUCUUGAAGGGAAUGCUUCUUAUGCAUUUAAUAUGUAUUAUCAAGUGCAUAAUCAGAAGGAUUGGGAUUGUGAUUUUUCAGGUUUGGCUAUCUUAUCAGAUCAGGAUCCAUCAGAAAAGGGGUGUCAGUUUCCUGUCAUGAUCUCUCAUGCUUCAUGUUUGGGGCUGCAUAAAGGGUUUUUGGCCUUUGGGGGUGUAUAUAUUUUUCUUGUAUUUUUUUUUACUAUAGUUGACAGGUAAUACUAAAAACUGUGUCAUGGAUUCAUGGUAGAUUUGUACUAUAUAUUUUUUGAAAAGGAAAAAUAUUAGAUCCAUGUUAAAAAGCUUUGG